AUGGCGGCUCGCUGAAGGUGUAAGGGUCGAGACGGAGCCGGCUUUAUGAGUCAAGAACAUGUAUAAAACGCCAUGUAGCAGACUGUCAGGUUUGGUUGGUGUCACCGUGAAACAGAAGUUGGCACAAAAUAUUCCCCGAUGUAACCAAACUGCUCGCAGCCUUAUUCAGCUGCACAGAAGAGAUCCAUCAAACUGGCUGACGUACCAGCACCUCAACUUCCUGAAACGUCAGUAUGUUGCAAAGAGCAACAGUGAGCUUCACCAACGAGCCAUCCCCAAACAGGCUCCAGUGCUCACAAUUGUGGACGAGAGAGACGACAGCGUUGAAAGGCAGGUCCAGAGAGUACCAACUAUCGAUCCUGUGCAUGCUGAUCCACAGCCAGAGGAUGUCACCAGUAAGGCUCAGCCUGAAAUAUCCACCUUGAAGGCCGCCACAGAAGAUGCAGCGUUAACAAAAACGUCCAUGUCCAGUACGGUUGGGACUGUAGACGAGACUCCACAUGUCCACGUGGAGACGGAGAAGGCGAGGGAGGCACGUUUGGACAGACAGUGGAAGCAACUGAAGCUUAAUGUGGCCGACCUUCCUGAUAUUUACGCCAGACUUGCCAAAAUCAAACUCACAGCACUGGUGGUUACGACUGCAGCAGCUGGCUAUGCAAUGGCUCCAGUGCCCUUUGACCCUGUCACCUUCUUCGUGGCUUGUCUGGGAACGGGCCUUGCCUCGUGUACUGCCAACUCAAUCAACCAGUACUUUGAGGUGCCUUUUGACUCCAACAUGAACCGCACAAAGAACCGUCCACUGGUCCUUGGACAGAUCAGUCCCCUUCAUGCCGUGUCCUUUGCUCUGGCCUGUGGAGUUCCUGGAGUGGCGCUGCUCACACUGGCCGCAAACCCCUUGACGGGCUUCCUGGGCGCCCUCAACAUCUUUCUCUACACGAGUUGCUACACACCGCUCAAGAGACUCAGCAUCACCAACACCUGGGUGGGAGCAGUGGUGGGUGCCAUACCUCCCGUCAUGGGCUGGACAGCUGCCACAGGCUGUCUGGAUCCAGGUGCUUUAUUGCUGGGUGGUUUCCUGUACAGCUGGCAGUUCCCUCACUUCAACGCCCUGAGCUGGAACUUGAGGGAAGACUACUCCCGUGGCGGCUACCGCAUGAUGUCCGUCACCCACCCCGGCAUGUGCAAGCGCGUGGCCUUGCGUCACAGCCUGGGUCUGAUCGGCCUCUCGACCCUAGCACCCGUGUUGGACGUCACCACCUGGACCUUCCCCAUCAUCUCCUUACCCAUCAACCUGUACAUCAGCUACCUGGCCUUCCGCUUCUACCGCAAAGGAGAUCGUAACAGCGCCCGCAAGCUGUUCUUCUGCAGCCUCUGGCACCUGCCCAUGCUACUGCUGCUGGCGCUCACUUGUAAGAAACCUCGCAAAGAUCAGAAGGACACAGCUCUGACUCCGGCGUCUGCACCCCUCACAAUGCCAAGCUAACUAGAUUUUAUAUUCCCCACUAACCACUGAUCCACUGAGAUCCUUACUUGAGCUGAGAUACUCCUCCAGUGUCUCGGUCUGUUUGGACGGUUCCGUGUUAUGGGCACAUGAUUUUACCAGUGUUUCAUUUUACCCAGUGAUGCUCGCUGAAGAUCAGGUAAUGAGCUGGACAUAAUUUGGAUCAAAGUAGCUGAUUUACAGAAAACACACUGAAUUAUUACAUCUGGUUGUAAACGUUUCAAUGUGUGUGUACUGUAUAUAUUCUGUAUUUAUUUAUAUAGAGGCCCACUAGUUUUUCUCCAUGUUGUACAUGACUGAUGUUAAAUGACCUUGUACAGUGUAAAUUGCUCCUGUGGAUUCAGUUUAUUGCAUUGUACAAAAAUACAUAAGAGAAAAAAGACAAAUGAUGGACAGGAAGUCAUGUAAUCAAGAAACUAAUCUUUUGAUUUUCAGUCAGUGCAUAAAAAUAGGACAAAUAUAAACUGAUUUUGAAGCAGCUACGACAUUUCAUAUCUAUUGAUUGUUGUUCUGACUUAUACUUGAUCCCUGUUACUUGACAGUUAUUAAGCCUCAUUGUGUUUUGCUAUUCAGCAAACUAACUGAUGAGUCAUUCAUUUGCAUAAUGCUUUAUUUCAACACGGUUAGCCUGCACCAAAACAGAGGGAAUAGUAAACCCUUGUAAGACACACAAGGGUAAUGUUGU